AAAAUGGUCCACGUCAGUGACACCUGGCAACAACAAUUUUCAGGUACGAGUUAUUUGAUCUCCACCCAACCCAUGUUACCGUUACAAAAAAUGCUCCUAUCUUCUCUCCCUCUCUAACCCCAAAAUCCAAUUUCUCAUCCUCAUCGCAAACCAAAAAAAUUAGGGCAAAGGAUUGCGGAGAAGAGAAGAACCCAAAAUCUGAUUCUUCUCCUUUCUGCAAAUUCCUUUUCCCCAAGCUCCCCGGGCCACGAAGAUGCCAUCGGAUCUAAGCAUGGACGUCGUUUCACCGCGAGAGAUGGACCUCAACGAAGACGUUUCGGAGCUGUUGUAUACGAAGAGAGGUUGCUGUUUUUGGAUCCCUUGCUUCAGCACCGAUCGAUCAUCGUCCGAUUCCGCCGGAUCGGUGUGGUGGCAGCGGAUGCGGCCUGUUGAGAAUGACGAUCCCUGGUGGAGCCGUAGCUGGAAGAAGGUCCGUGAGUGGUCGGAGCUCGUCGCCGGCCCGAAGUGGAAGACCUUCAUUCGCCGGUUCAACAAGAACCGUCCAUUCGGCCACAACCACAAGCAGGUCGGUAAAUUCAACUACGACGAGUUUAAUUACGCUCUCAAUUUCGACGAAGGCCCUGGGCAGAAUGGUCAUUUCGAUGACGAAGAUCUUUUGCACCGAGAUUUCUCGAGCCGGUUCGCUUCAGUACCGCCUUCGGCUAAGUCGUCGAUGGAUUUGGGGAAGGAUGGACCGUCGUUCACGUGAGUUGCGGUUCACUCAUUGGGUUAGCUCUGGUUGGGCCUUCACGUGGGCUUAGCUGGGCCGCGGCGAAUUGCAGCGCCGAGUUUCGCGGGAGCUGUGAUCCGUAGCGCAAUAAGCGGCGACCGGUCGACUAUUGAGCUUUUUUUUUUGUCUGAUGACGUGGGCGGAUGGAUGGUUGAUUGGUAGUGGGGACGACCUUAAGGAUUUUUUUUUCUUUUAUUUCGAUUUUUUUUGGGGGGGAAAUUAUUAAUUUUUUUUUACACGAAUGAAAAUAAAAAGAAGAAAAGAAAUAAAGAAAUCAUAGAUUUUUUAUUUGUGGUUGUGUGAUAAAUUAUAUUAAUAGUAAUUGUAAAAUAAUAUGUGUUUAUGUUCGAGCGGAAAACAAUUAAAAUAAAAGUUGCGUGGUUAGUUGCCUAAUGUUCUUAA